GUCAAAGUAUCGUUAAAAUUCAAAAUUAAAUAAGCCAUUUUUUCGAUAAUCAACUAUGUCAAAGAUUGGUCGUAGUCUAUAUCGCCUGCAGGCAGAUAAGACAUUAUUUUUGUUGUGUGAUAUACAGGAAAAAUUCAAGCCUGCAAUUCCACUGUUAGGGGCGGUCAUUGAAAACUCUAAGAAAUUGGUCGAAGCUGGAAAAGUAUUCAAUAUUCCGCUGCUGGUUACAGAGCAAUAUCCUGAGAAACUGGGACCCACUGUGUGCGAAAUAGACAUAAAACAUGCUUGUGGUGUUGUUCCAAAAACCAAAUUCAGCAUGGUUAUUCCACCAGUUGAGGAAAAGAUGAAAAGUAUUUUUGGGGGAACACCACAAACUGCGGUGCUGUUUGGCAUAGAGACUCAUGUUUGCAUAGAGCAAACCGCUUUCGAUUUGCUGAAUAAGAAGAUCAACGUUUGGCUUGUCGCCGACUGUUGCGCUUCGCGUCUCAAUCAAGACAGAGAUUUGGCCCUGGAGCGAUUGCGAGACAUUGGCUGCACCAUCACCAGCACAGAGAGUGUUAUUUUUAACCUGCUGAGCGACAAGAACCACAAGUCAUUCAAGGACAUCGCCGGGCUGGUCAAGAAAGUGUCAGCCGACUUGAAGAUUUGGCUACCCACAACAACAUCGACAGCAGAUGCCAAUAAAAAAUGAUGCCAAUCAUGGCGGCGCCCACUUUUGAUGUCCAUUUGCCCAUUAAGGGGUAGCAUUUUUGUGUAGCUCAUAGAAAUUAUGAAAGAAGUAAACGAAACGAGAAGAAACACACUUGUAUAGUUGUAUAGUAGGGCUCGGCUCGGCCCGCCUGGCUAACAGUUGGUGGCUUUCUUGCCAUCGUAUCGUCAUCUCAUAAACAUUUUGGCCAAUGGACAGCUGAAUGGAGCUUUACCACAGCGGCGCCUUAUAAGCCAGGCAGCUGGCUAGAUGGCCAGAUGGGUCGAUGGGGGCUAAGCGCAGCAACUAUUGACGCCAAAUGCCUGUUUGCCUGGCAAUUUAUGCAAAAAAGUCUGACGCUGUGCUGUGCUGUGCUGCUGCUUCUGCUGUUGCUGCUGCUGGGAGCAGUUAAAUUUCAUGAUGCAAUCGCAACAAUCUCUGCGUGUUGUUUGCCUACGCGCCCGCGGCUGCUCAGCGGCUCGACUCAGCAGCAGGAGCAGCAGCCUAGCAGUAGCCUAGGUGACGGUGACAAUGUACCAGGCGUCGUCUGAUUGACUCAUAACAGACUAAGCGAGAUCACAAUCUCAUCUGCAUGCCACGCCGCAGCAACUUGCAACUUGCAUCCCCUCGAGCGCUUUUGACAAUUUAUUUGACUAAGCCCUGCCAGCUUUGUGCUUAGCAAGUGAAACUGAUGACUACGACAGCGUAGCACGCGAACUUCAGCUAAAGAUCUGGCCAAUUAUGCGGAAGGCUCGCUUAGCUUAUCCAAAGUCUCAAGUUGAAGCCUUUUGAGCUAAGACUUCACC